AUUUAUUUUUGUAUUCUGCCUUUGCUAGCUGCUCGGGCGAUUCUCAGUAUCGUUUACACAGUAUUAAUACACAGUAUCAGUGAAUACUCUUACUGUCCCGAUAGACUAUUUUUUUUUGGAUUUUCUACCUUUCCAACUUUCCCUCCUGCAAAGUUCAAGAUCAUUAACGGCGAUACUAGGCGAACCUUAAGGGUAUGUAAGUUUUUUUAUAUCCUUAACAAUAAUAAGGGGGCUAUUUUAUAA